UGUCACGUCGAGCACUGGCUCGGAUCCACUCUUGACAAAGUCACACAGGCGCCGCCCACUCUAAGUAGGUCUCGGGAAUAAUGCCAGGCCGGGGUGCAGCAGAAACACAGAGAUUGCUCCAGUCAACUCCGCGCUGUGUUAAAGACUGACUGCGAAACCCUUGAUCGCCACUGCUGGGCUGUGGACCGGAGGUACCAGGAAGAUCUUCGCCGCCCUCCUGCCUUCAGAAAAUGUGAUCUGGAAACUACUUGGUGCGUUUCCUCGCAGAAGCCUCAGCUCCGAGUCUUUGCUCAGCCGAAGGGCCAUGGUGGACCACAUGUGCAGAAUGUGUUGGUUCACGCUGGGCGUUCUGCUGCCGUCUCUAGUCGUGGCUGCGCCUCCUCCCAUCAAUAAACUGGCGUUGUUUCCUGACAAAAGCGCCUGGUGUGAAGCAAAGAACAUCACCCAGAUAGUUGGCCACACUGGCUGUGAGUCAAAGUCCAUCAAGAACAGAGCUUGCCUUGGCCAAUGUUUCAGCUACAGUGUGCCCAACACCUUUCCACAGUCCACUGAAUCCCUGGUACACUGUGACUCCUGCAUGCCAGCACAGUCCAUGUGGGAAAUUGUCAAACUCGAAUGCCCGGGGAACGAGGACAUGCCCAGAGUGGACAAGCUCGUGGAGAAAAUCCUACACUGCAGCUGCCAGGCGUGUGGGAAGGAACAGCAUCAAGAUUCACAACUUUUCAACGGGAUUUUAAACGAGGAGGAGGCAUCCCCGGGAAUGGCUGAAACUCACCAGAUCAUCCACCACGAGAAAGAAAUCGCCCUCAAAUCUGCCAGAGACGAAGCCUAAUAAAACGGACAUUUUAAUAGAAAAAUAGCGGUAUAAAACUUCAGUUUGUUUUAUUUGUUGAGGUCUUAGAUUACAGUGGUUCCCAACCUUGUUUAAUUCAUGGCCGCCUUAGGCACUUUAAUUUUUCUGUGCCCCACCCUGACAUUAUUAGCGGAAAUAAAAAGUGUCUCCCUUCAUUGAACCUGUGGUCCCCUAAAUCCCCAAUUUUUUCUGUGCACCCCCCCCCCCCCCUGAAAUUUGCCAUGGUCCCAGGUUGGGAAUCACUGUCUUAGAAGAAGGGAAAAAAUCAAAGUGUAACAAAUUUAAAAAAAAAACCCCAUGCAGACUUAUUUAAAGAGAAAGUCUUUAAAAAGUAACAUUUGUUGUAGAAAUCCCAUUCAGAUAAUAAUAUAUACUUCACCGAGGCCCAGCAAAGUAUAAUUUGAAUUUGAUGAUCAGUGUUGAGUUCACAAAACCAGUAAUCACGUUUGUAAGCCACAGUGUGUAGCCGCUCCAAACACAUAACUGUUUGUAUAUAAUAUUAUACUUUGUAAAUCUCUGUCAACUUUUAUUUUCCCAAAUCUUUGCAUUUAAUUUUUUGAUCAUCAUAUUUCUGGACAAGUAGAGGGAGAAAUGACAGGGUGAUUAACACUGGGGGGAAAUAAUAGAAUCACAGCCAGAAGGAUGGAGGGUUAGAGCAACUAACACAGAGGGUGAGAUACUGAAUUCAGAGAGCCUCUCUCACAUACACAUGCACAAUGACAUACACAUACACAUACACAUACACGUACACAUACACAUGCACAUACAUAUAGACAUACACAUACACAUAGACAUACACAUACACAUACGCAUACACAUACACGUACACAUACAUGUACACAUACACAUGCACAUACAUAUAGACAUACACAUAGACAUACACAUACACAUACACAUGCACAUGCACAUACACAUACACAUGCACACAUGCACAUACACAUACACAUAGACAUACAUAAACAUACACAUACACAUGCACAUACAUAUAGACAUACACAUACACAUACACAUACACAUACACAUACACAUACACAUACACAUACACAUACACAUACACAUACACAUACACAUGCACAUAGACAUACACAUGCACGAUCGUUUUCCUGAACACCUUCGCUCAGUCCACCUGACAUUACCUGAUCUCCCGGUUGCCAAACACUUUAAUUCUCCUUCCCAAUCCUACACAGACCUUUCUGUCCUGGGUCUCCUCCAUUGUCAGAGUGAGACUAGAUGCAAAUUGGAGUAACAGCAUCUCCUAUUUCGCAUGGGCUGCUUACAACCCAGCGGUAUGAAUAUUGAUUUCUCUAACUUCAGGCAGCCCCGGCAUUCCCUCUCUCUCCAUCCCUCCCCCACCCAAGUCGCACCAGCUUCUCGUUCUCACCCAGCAAGCAGCGAACAAUGGCCUGUUUCCUUUAUCAUUGUUACUUUUUUGCAUAUCUUUCAUUCAUUGUUCUAUAUCUGGCUACAUAAUUACCUGUAUCUCUCGCUUCCCUUACCCCUAACCAGUCUGAGGAAGGGUCUCGACCAGAAACGUCACCCAUUCCUUCUCUCCAGAGAUGCUGCCUGUCCCGCUGAGUUACUCCAGUUUUUUUGUGUCUAUCUUCGGUUUAAACCAGCAUCUGCAGUUCCUUCCUGCACAUACACAAAGGCAGACAGACAGGCGUACACUCACAUCCAAAAAGACAAUCGAUCAAAUGCACCAGCAGGAAUGUCCCUCUGUGAAACGAUGUAUUGAUGGGUAAGGGUUGGAGACUGGGGGACAGCUUGUAAAUCAUUCUCAUCUUGUUUAUAACAUUGUGCUCUUCCGCUCAAAUUCUGUACCUAUAUAUUUUCUUUUUGUAAACUGUUGGAUUAAAUGUUGAUGUAUCAUA